AUGAGUCUCUGGUGUCGCUGUCUGUCGCGCAGACGCAGCGACGUGCAGCGACACGGGCUCUUCCACGAGCAGUUUGAGCGCAUUCAGAUCGUGUACCCCGGCACGAGCUACGUCUGUCUCCUGGACGGCGACACGGGGGCCAUGAUAGCGCAAUCGGAGACGACGGAGGUGAACACGGACGAGUUUAUGCGCACCAUUAUGAACCUCAAGGACGCAGCGCUGCAGUUUGCGGCGACGCUGAACCAGAUCGAUCCGCAGGUUGUGCAUGUUCGAGGAGUACAGGGCAUGUUCUCUUGCUACGGGUCUGCGCACAUGAUUCUGGCUUUUUACAGCGAGAUGUCUAGCGGGGACUUGGAGUCGCUCGACUGUUUCGAAGCAGACAAGAGCAUUGAACCCAUCACAGGGGAACUGCAUCGGAUCUUAGACGCCUGUCAAACUGGCAAACGGCGGUACCGACGCUAG